AUGAAAUGGCACCAGUCACUCUUGCUAACAUGGCUGUUGGCCGCAGAGAAGGUUGCCUCAGCACCACAGAUUACAUCCUCAGCGACGACCGCGUUGAGGACCCAGUUCCCCCCAGCUCAGACUGAGAGGCUACUUAUUCCAGAGACACAGGGUUACUACCCAACCAGUCUUGAACGCGAAGGCCGUCCGUCUUCACAACCUUAUCCCACAGUCACGAAUGUGCCGCAUAAUCUCGACGACUUGUUGCAUAACCUGGAAAGCCCGGCAGAUCUGAUCGAUCUCUUAUUGCCUGAUUUUGGAGAUAUUGAUCUCGACUCCCCAGUCGAGGCGCCAGAACCAGAUUCUACCUCCGAAGAAGACAGUCCUUUUCAUAGACCAACUGGCCACAGGCCCACUCCCACUGGCACAGAUAGCGACGACACUGACGACAAUACCGAAGACGAAUCUGACGAUUCUGACGAUAGUCCAACUUCUGCGUAUUCCACCGGAAACGCUUCAACAGGAACCUCAACCACGGCAGUUCCCGACAGCAAACCAAGUGAGGCUUCUAGCCCUGCUGCCUCUUCGCAAUCAACCGUUGUGCCAAGUAAGUUAUGUAUCUAG